AUGGAAAUUCCCCUGACCCAACAGCAGCCCAACAAUGGCCACCAGCAUUGCUUGGAUGUUGGCCGGCUAGAUGCGGAGGUUGAGGAGAUAAGAAGAAUGCAGAAGCAACUUGCAGUGCAAAGUAACCAACUGCGUGAUGAGUUGUCUCAGAAUUGGUCGGAGCUAAGCAGAACGUUGAAAGAAUGGAUGAACACAAAUGAUGAACAACUGCUUGAUGCUGUCGACAAAUUUUUCCAGAAGGAUAUUCAAAAUUUGAAAUUUCAUGAACGUUACUCUGGGAGGGAGAGACAUCUGAUGGAAGUUAUCAUCAACAUCCAGUACAGCGAAGGUUUGAACUUUCCAUUUGACCUUGAGAGUGCGAGAACCUCGGCAAGAAAAAACCCCCACAUGAAUCAACUCUUUGCAGCCCUUCAGAGUUACUUCCUCGAACUCAUCACCACCAUCCGUAUGACCUACCUUCGUUUGUUUGCCGAUGGUGACGCCGCUGCUGAUGCUGCUACGGCUGAUGACGAUAGUGAGGCUGAAGAGGAAGUUAUGUGGCAGGACAGUCGUUUGAAUUCUCCAGCUUCAAAUGAAAUGAAUACAAGCGCAACUGCCGACACUUCAACGACAACCAACCGAACGACGACAAUAACAAUCGUUACUGCCACUAACGAUAAAACAUCAACCACAACAACACAAGUUUCAUCAAAUACAUCGACAAAAGCUAACCAACCAUUCAGCCACCAAAGAUCAGCCACCAAAUUUCACCACCCGACAACUUUUCAUCUUCGUAAGUUCUUCACCAGCUUCCUCCGACACAACCACCUGCAGAUCAUCAAUUACCUCACCUUGCUUUCGAACCCCGAUCAUGCUAUCUCACUCAUUUGCAACAACGACGCCCAGAAACUCAAAACAUAUUUGGGCUGCAAAGUCGAUGCUAAUAGCGACAGUAGCAUCCACCCAGCUGCCGUUACUACAGCUGCAGUUGCAGCUACUUCAGCGACGACUACUGCUUCCAGUUCUGCUACGCUAGCCGACAACGGUGACAUUAAAAAUUUAGUGACUGAGUUCACCCAGAGGCUCACACAGCUGACCAACCUGAUGACUGACGACAUGUUGUUACUGGAAAGAUUUCCAAGCAGAUUCCUCGAGGAGGUCUACAUGAAUGUCAUAUUUCAAGCUGUCCAAGACUUCUUGCAGGAAAAUUUCAAAUUUCACGAGCUUAAAAGUGAACCGAGAUGUCAGAAGGGUGUCUGUGUGAAGGCCGGUAAGGUGAAAGUGAAUCCAGCGACGAGUGGGAGUGGCUGCUUGGAAGAGGAAGAUGAUGGGAGCGAGAAGGAUGCUUAUAAACAAAUGGUGGAGGAGUUGUUGAGGUUGGUGGAUGUGUUGGUGGACCUGCAGAAGGAGGUGGAUGUUUGUAGGAGGGGGCAGUCCUGUGGGAGAAAGAAUGGAAGAAGUGGAGGUCUUAAAGGUAGCAUGAAACGAGCAGCCGGUGGUGGCCAGCAGCCUGUCGCUGUCGCUUCUUCUCCAGCCAACAUCAAAUACGACCCCCAUUUAGAGGGCAUGGCCCCCACUUGGCAGUCCCUUCUCUCUCACCAAACGCCAUCCAACGACCCAUCCAACCAGACCCCCACACCAACAUUCAGAAGAAUCUUAUUUGACGCUUUCACAAAAGAGCUCUACCAAGUGUACACUUUGCUCCCGCCAACUGCCAGAUGUGGGGGUAUUAGAUACUACGGUGGUGGUCGCAAGUGUAGUAGUGGUGGUGGCGAUGGUGGUGGUGGUGGUGAUAGUGAUAAGUCUGAUACUUUGGGUGUGAAUAGCGGCAAAUGGAUUAGUUGUGAUGGAAAGAUCGUUAUGCAGAGCUGCGAACGCUUAGUUCUCUUCCUGAUGAAGUAUCGAUCUUUCGUCAUCAUCUUCAAAAAGGCAACAUCCAAACGAGAAAUUGAUUUCGGUGUCGACGGUGAUAAGAAUGAUGAUGACGGGGGUAGUAAGGGGGCUUUGGGGAGAAGUUGGUCCCCCAAAAAGGAUGACGAUGGUGUGUUUUUGGGGAUGGUGACCGAAUUGGUUAAAAGGUUCUCGUCUGAAGUUGUCAAACUGGCAGAAGCCUCAUCAUCACUGUUGGAUAAAUUGAUGAUGUACCUUUCUAGUCUCCACUACCUCUCUCGUCAUCUUCACGUCGUCUUCGGCCAAAGCAAGAUUCUCAGUAUCUGUCUGAGAGCUCUCUCCCACGUCACCCACCUGACCACCAUGAUGAUGACCAACCUCUUCAUUGAGUCCAUGUGGUCAUCUGAAGAGAACAGUGUACUGGGAGAGUCCACUGAAUCUGGGGGGUCCAGGGAUGUGCCCGACAGUGAAAAUCGCGAUGGCGGUCUGAAAAGAGCUGACCUUGGUGAUGAUGAUUUUUUCAAGGUCGACACAAAGUUCAAGAUCACGAACUUCUCAGUAAGGAAUUGGUGUCUCACGAUCGCCUGGUUCAACAACAUCUUCGACAAAUACUUCAACGACUUAGAGACCAUCGCUACUACCACUACUACUACUACUACAUCAACGCCAUCAUCAUCUGCGUCAUCGUCUACAUCAUCAGCGGUACCAUCACCAAAUAAUAUAUAUACCUGUAUGAUGAGUUGCAUGUUGAAGGCGUCGCUGGAUCAUUACGUCAACCUCUGCACCAGGCUGCAUAAGAAUUUUCCUCGCGACAUCGUCAAGAUGAAUCAAUUGAAAGCGAACGUGAAGCUGUUGUCGUCGACGUGUUUGGAGUCGUUGCUGAGAUGUUGCGCAACCGCUGAAGAGAUGUUGCAUCCGAUCUUCAACAAGGACUUGUAUGGUCUCAAUGUCGCCUGCGCCAAGCUCAUGUCUCUAGUCAACUCCAUCAACCUAUCAGUGGAGGAGAAGCAAGCCAAGGUCGAGGUUGAUCGUUGGAUUGUUUUGGUCAGCCCUGCCUGGAGAGCUUACAGACAUCCAGAAAUCAUCAUUGCUCAUGAGAUGUUCAUUAAGGAUCCCAUAGACAAGAAGAAUGUUCUCCUACAGCUGCUGCUAGCGAAUCGCCAAAAAAUGAGCACUGAUCUACUGACGGCCCUGACCUCUCGCUACAGACACCUACUUGAGGUGAGAGUGAAGACCGGAAAGAGGAAAAAUGGUGGCGAAGAUCGUGGUGGUGGCGAAGAUCGUGGUGGUGGCGAUGGUGGUGGCGACAAGGAUGAGGGGGAUGUGGCUGGUGAGAUGCGGAGGAUAAAGAUGAUGGUGGUGACGAUUUGUGACGUCCUAGUUGGAUGUGGCGUGGAAAUGUUUCAUGUCGUUAAGACUGUUGCUUGGAGAACUGUGUCACCCGUCAGGUCAUUUUUAAGUAGGCACUUUGAAGCUUCUUUUAUCGGCUUCUUGGAGGUGAUACACAGCUUGUUGCAGCUGCAAACCCCGCACAACAUCCUUCCAAUCUCAGAUAUCUAUUCCCAAAGACCAGAGAUAAAGCCGGAAGACAUGGAACGUCACUUGAUCGCUUACAUCCUGAAGAACAACAUCCAACAUGAUGACGUCAUGAUGACGUUGUUGUUGUUGGAUGGAGAGGAAGAGGAUGUGGCUGGGGAUGACCGAAAGAAAAAGAAAAUUGGAUCCCUCUUAUAUAAGGUUUUAGUUGAAUCGCUGAGAGGUUUGUUGAAGAUGUUUGAAGAGCAGUGGACAAGAGUGAGGGUGGUGAUGAAGAUGGAUGAUGAUAAUGAUGAUGGGUGGACGCAGGUGAUGCGGGUGUGCCGAUCCAUGGUCGACCACAUCGUCAAGAAGAAUUAUGAUCUCGGCGAGUUCAACCUUCUAAACAUGGAGGAGAGGAAGAAAGCCUGGAAAGAGAAGCACGUCUCAAACGGAGACAAUGCUAAAAGCAAGAGUUCUAAGGAUAGAAGAAAAAAAUUUAAGACAAAAACCACCGGAAGCGAUGACGUCAUUAAGGAUAAUGACGCCGGAAGUAGUGGUGGUGAUGACGAUGAUGAUGACUUUCUGCCAGGCGGUGAUAAGUACGAUAUCAUCCUCACCAGUUUGCUAAGUCGGAUGAACGAUAAAAGAGCGUUAGAUAUCAUGUCCAAGUUCAUUGUAAACAACAACGAAAACAUGAAAAUCUUGCACAAGCACUACAACGACGACGAUGAUGAUGACGAUGAUUCUUGUAAAGAUCGUCAUCAUCCUGACCAAUCAAUCGUCAUCAAUUUGAAAUGGAAUUAUGAAGAUUCAUAUUUGAGGACUGUCGAGAAUUUUAAUUUCAUCCAGUGGUCGUGACGUGAUGGCAGCAGCUACAGCAUCAGCGCGUAGUCGUCGUCACCAUAUCGUCAUUCUAGUCGUCGCCAUAACCGUAUGUGCAGCAUCAUCAUUGCCAUCAACAUCAUCGUAGUAAAUUAAUUUAUUAUUCAUCACGUUUUUCUUAUUCGUCAAACUCUUACAAACGCAAAAUUUCAAAACUGAACGCAAUCUGGUCAGAGAUAUUUCGAAUAUUUAUGAAAUUUAUCGUUAAUUUUCACUUGGGAGGAUUUCUGUCCCAACACCCAGUCAAUUAAUUAAUCACAUUUAAUUAGCUUCAUAAUUAAUUUAAUUAUUUUUCAUCUGAUUUAUCGAUCUCACAUCUCAUCAUUCUUGGUUAUUGGUAUGAUUCACUCGUUUAUUAAACUAUUUUUUGACGUGUAUGUUUUGCGUAUGUCUUCUUUCAUUUAAAGUAUAGAAUAAAUUUUGUGCGUCCUAUCAUGAACCUAUUUACUUAUACUUAAAAUAUUUUAUUAAACCUGUUACCGUUGUGUUGAAUUCGUAACUGUAUCGUGUUCAUGUGUUUCUUGAAAAUAUUGCGUUUGAUUAAGUUUAUAACCAGCGUAGAAAAUGAGAAAAGAUAGUUGAGCAUUUUUUAGGUUAUUCAAUAUAUAUUUGUAGUGAACAUUCAUCGGACUAGUUUAUGUUGUUAAGUGCUAUAAAUAAAGUUUUUUAAGAAAAAUUUGUCAAAUUUUGUCUAAAUCGUUUCAAUUCUUGGCCAUCUUUAUCUAGUUUAAUUACAGGUAAAAUUACAGAUGGAAUCAUAAUAAAAUAUAAAAUUAAUUAAAUAUAGCCAUAAUUAAAUUU